UGGGUGAGAAGAUGAAGCACACACAGGUGGCUGUGCUGCUUCUCAUGCAAAUCAUGAUCACUCUGGCUGUAACAAAGGCGGCAACAGAAGGGAGCCCUGAUCCCAAUACAAUGCUCCCAUAUGUGACUCAACCUAGCAAGGUGACUGGCAACCUGCACACUCCCCCAAAGCUCUUCACCAAUGUGUCUGGCUCUGUGGAUGACGAGGGAACUUGUCAGUGCUCUGUGUACUUGCCAGAUACCACCUUCCCAGUGCAGAAGGCUGAGCAAUUGGAGAUAAUAGCUGCAACACUCAUGAAGAAAUUUGAGAUAGAGCUUUCUCAAGUUAGAGAGUACUCAAAAAAGAUUGAACUGUAUCAGCAGCAAAUCCUUAACCUAACCAUCAGAGUGCAGCAUAUGGAGAAGAGCAGUAUAUCCUACACAGAGCUGGACUUCCAGUUGCUGAAAGUAGAAAUCAAUGACCUGGAGAGACUGGUCACCCAGCUGAAAUUCAGCCUUGUCGGAAGCAAUGUCAUCGUUGAGCAAAUAUAUUUGGAGAUCACAAAUCUGACUAUACUGGUAAAUGAACUAGAAUCACUGGACAAAAACAAUAUCCUUGCAAUUCGUCGACAAAUUGUGGAUCUCCAGAAACGACUGAAAGAGUGUGAAGAGGGAACGCACAAAACUACAGUACCCCCUUAUUUCCCACCAGGUAGCUGCAUUCACCGUGGACUGCUGAAUGUUAGCCAGCCCUAUAUUGCAAAGCUGAACUGGAGAGGAUUUUCCUACAAAUAUGGUUCCUGGGGUAGAGACUACUCUCCCUCUAACCCAGAGAAUGAAGUAUAUUGGGUUGCACCAUUGAACACAGAUGGGAGAUACUUGGAAUACUACAGAAUUUAUAGUUCCUUUGAUAAUUUGUUGCUGUUUAAACCCAUGUAUGAAAGUAGAAUAACAUACGGGGAAGGAAGUGGUGCUGCCCUUUAUAAUAAUUAUUUGUACUAUCAUGCUUAUAAUUCAAGAUAUAUUGUGAAGCAUGAUAUAAGAAAAAACACCAUGGUUUUAAGGAAGGAGCUUCUGAAUGCUGCUUACGGUAACCGUUUCUCUUAUGCAGGUGUAUCAUGGCAAGACAUAGAUUUUGCUGUGGAUGAAAGUGGGUUGUGGGUAAUAUAUUCAACAGAAAAUAACAUGGGCAACAUUGUGAUUAGCAAACUCAAUGACACUACUCUUGAUGUGCUAAAUACUUGGCAGACAAGACAGUACAAACCAUCUGUUUCCAAUGCUUUCAUGUUAUGUGGUAUUCUGUAUGCCACAAGGCCAGUGAACACUAGGAAAGAGGAAAUCUUCUACAUGUAUGACACAAGUACUGGCCAAGAAGGUAGUAUUAGUGUCAUUAUGGAUAAAAAAUUAGACACAGUCCAAAGCAUUGAUUAUAGCCCCACAGAUCAGAGACUGUAUGCUUACAAUGAUGGUUAUCUCCUAAGAUAUGAUGUGACCUUUCAGUCCUAGUAUCUCAGUGACAUAAGCAUGCGAUAAAACUAGCAGCAACCAAAAUGAGAGAUCCGAUACAACUUUAGACAAUGCCAGUUUAGAAUUCUUCUGAUCUGUUGUACUGUAUCUGUGGCUAUUAUAUAUACUACUUACACUUAAAAGAAUUGCCCACUCUGGUCAGUAGCAUUGCUGACAGCAGUUUAGCAGUACCGGGAUCUUUAGGUUUUGAUUGGUGUUUAUGGGUGCUUGGUGCUUUACAAUCGUCCUGCUUCUAAGGGUAGAUUUACUGCGUAGAUUUAGUGCAUUUAGAUUGCAGAAAUUGAUGGGCCCAGCCUACCUACUGGCCAAGAAGCUAAUUACCCACUGAUGAGCAUUUGUCACUGUAACACAAAGCACGGCUCACAGAAACUGAGAAUGAAUUUCCGCCAUUCUUCAUCAGAGUGAACUGAGGGUUCAGAGAAAUUAAUAGAAGGAUUAUGAUACUGUGGGAAAUAUACUUGGUCAGAAGACAGCAACCCAUUUGUUAGGUGGGAGCAGUAGUAUCUGCCUCAAGACUUUAGGAGAGAAGGUAGAAAUAUACUGUGCUGUUUUAAUUCUUACCACAGGGAAGGAAGUGAAGGCACUGGGGCAGGGACAGAGCCCACUGCCCUUAGCAUCACUGAUGCAGUGGGACAGCAGCCCCCGGGGCCCCACUUUUAAAUGACUCGCAAGAACUUCUUGGAAUGACCUUGUGGACAAAACUGGCAACAGGGCAUUCACCAGCUUUCCCUCUGUCCCACUCUCCUGCUCUUAGCAAUUCUGCAUGUCUAAACUUCACCUUAAAAAAGGUCUUACUGAAACCUAGACAUGUUCAUUUUCCUGGCAGUACAGUGUAAGAAACACUGUUUUGCUUUCCUUUAUGCUCUUGUACACUGAUGCAAAUCUUCCCAUCGACUUUAUUGGAUAUGGGUGGCUUUUAGUUGUAUAUCAUGCAUUGCCAUAAAAUGACAGCCAUAUUAUUCAGUGUGCCUCUAUUCAACAUUUUUGCCAUUCUGUAAUUAGAUUCCUGAGAGUCUUGUUAGUAGAAGGUCCAGUUUGUACCCUGGGUAAUUCUGUCUUACAGCAAGGUAAGAGGUUUUGUGGAAAACAGCAGUCUGGUCAAAUUAGUUGAGUAUAUGAUGUGUGUAGGUUUUUUUUAAUGAGUAUUGUGUAAUAGUUUCUGAGUGUGUGUACUGUAAUAAUACCUUACCUUCAUCACAUCAGAAAGCAGCCUGGAAUUCAGAACUCUACAACAACAAAGAAAGUUCAUGUGAUUCAUUUCCUUCUGUUACUUAUGCAUUCAUAUCUGUGUCCUCUGAUAAUCAAAAUCAAUGCAUAUGCAAAUGAAUGGUUUUGUUUUAAUAAUAAAAAAAAGUU